UGAAGGAAAAUAAUUGUCGCUUUUAAACAUGGAAGAAAAACACUCACCUGAGCUUAUUCGGUUUAAAAAACCUUCAGGAGUUAUAAAAUUGAAGAUAAAAAAGAAGAAGCUGACUCAAAACUCAUCAAAACGGAUUUCAAACGCCUUGAAACCUAUCAAUGGACGAAUUCAAGAUGGACGCUCACAGGCGUUAAAGCGAGCGAAUCCGUUUAAGUGUUCUCCGAGGAAAAAGGCGAAUCUCUCCGCAGAAGAGAAAACUACAGAAUGCAGGCUGUUUAGUGCCCUCGAUGGACUGGACGAGAAUCAGGAAAAUGGAUCCACAAACACUGUUCAUGAAACAAGUAAUAACUCACAACAGCAAAAUACUGGCAAUAGCCUGGAAACUGACGUUUGAAUCAUUUUGUUCCUUUACCAAAGUUUGGAUGCACCCUUCUCUACCGUGGCUUGAACUUUUUCCACGUAAAUCAGCCGAUGGUAGAACUAGUUCGAAAAGACAUUUUCUAAUCACGGAAGAAAUGGCAUCUUCUCUUCACCAUGACUGGGUGUCCAGUUUUCGCUCCGUCUUCAACAUGGUGCGCGUUGGUUUUUGUCCUUACUUUUAUCUAGUUGCAAAUCAGAACACUAUGCUUUUUCAGGCAGCUGGAAUAAACAGGGAUGAUGCAGUUCAAGUGGUUAUAACACCCACGACCAAAGGUUUCCGGGAUGCAUUGAGGAGUGAAGGAAUUAACUUUACCAUGCCGCACUUGGAGGUCAAAGGAAAGAAAGAGUCUGGGCCUGAAUCUCAGGAUGAGGACUCAGACGAAGAGGAAGAUGCUGAGCUUGGGAAUGAUUCUGAUGAUGAGAGUAUUGACA